CUGUAUCCAAAUGAGGAGGGUGAUUCUCCCGUUGGUAAUGACAGUUACGCUGUGCUUGGCACAAGAAGCUUCUGAAGCGUGUACAAAAGCAUUAACAGAUUGUGAAAAUGAUUUGGAAUGUCAAAAUCGGUUAGCACCGUUGAUGGCUGCUUGCUCCACUAACACAUGUCAACCCCAAUGCAGAAGCGCUGUUCUUAAUGUCUAUCAGAAUAAACUCGGCAGAAUUCUUUUGAGAUCUGAUGCCACUUGCAUCCCAGGACGUGACGAGCUCAGAACAUGCAACUUCCUUCCAGCCGAAUCCACAGUUCACUGCAGUCUCGGUAAACUGGCAUGUGAAGGAGAUCUCCAGUGUAACUCAAAGUUCGGAGUCUUCAUGUCUGAAUGUGAAGCUGAUGCUGCCAGAGGAGCUUGUACCGACAAAUGUAAGACAUUGUUGAAUCAAACUAUUGAGACAUCAGUCGGAAGUGUGUUCUCCAACUGUACAUGCACUGCUAGAGACGAUCAAUUGUGCACAAACUUGAAAGACAACUUGCUCGGAGUAUGCUUGAAAAAUACCCCGGGAGUCACCUUGUCCCCAUCCGACAACUCCAUCACAGAUGCUCCAGGAGGCAACGAUUUGGCCGAUUCAUCAGUCGGUCACGGAUUCAAUAUUCUCUCUGCCAUUUCCGUUUACUUGCUCACUGUGCUCGUGUUCUAAACUACGGAGCCAGUCCAAAACCUCCCAGUGAUUUUGAAAAAUUUGCUCGGAAAAUAAUUAAAUUAUUUUAUUUCUCUCUUCUACUUCUAUCAGAACACGUGUGAUUUUUUGUAAAAUGUGCUAUUGUCUUUCGUUGCAAUGCAAAAAUAAAUAUAUUUUUAAAC